AUGGCCAGAAAGACGGCAGCAGUGAAGCCCAGACUCGCCAAGCCGAUUGUCACUUCUACUGUCAACCUCCCAGCCAGUACCUUUAUCACACUGAAAGUCUCUGCUCAGCGCCUGAACGAAUAUCUUAACUCCACUAUUCAAUUCCAACCAGAAACAGAUAUCCCUGCGCAAGCGGAAGAAGAUAACGACAGCAUGAGGACACGGGGAGCGUGGGACAAGAAUUUGGCCAAUUCGCAGAGUAGUCUGAAUCUCGGCGGUGGACCGCCACUCCGUCCCGCCAAUCAUCCUGACUAUGACUUUGAUCCAUCCCUGUCAGACUCCCUUCCGCGCCAGCCAACAAACAAGCCCAGCCUAAAGCCCAGGCUCCAAAUUCCGGUGCAACACAGAGCAAGACGUGCCAAAUCUAGACUCGUAGAUGUCGAUGACAGGCGUGAUGCCUCGCCUGCCUCUACCACCUGCGAGGAGAGCACCCCGGCCGCCUUCGAAGCCGCCUCUCACCCGCAUUCCAACGAAGAGAAUGAAUCUCCAGAAUCAUCUGACAUAGAAACAGGUGCUAGAGCAUCCCAAGAAGUCCACAAACCACGCAUCCAGGCCGAUGUCGAGAUGGCCGAUCCUCCGCACAAACCUCAACGUCCAACCUUGAAACUCAGCUUCAGCAAGCCUUCCAUUCCCCAAGCGAACAAUACACAGGGUGCUACGCAGACCCCAAACCCUCAAAGCGCUGUCCGUACCCCUUCCAUCAAGCUAAAACUGGGCGGGACGCCCCUUGGACCUUCAACGCCUGCCAGCGCAAAUGGAGUCAAGCGAAAGAAGAAGCCAUCGGAUGCGGCGACACCAGCUUCAGCUACCAAGAAGCGUAAAAUCCAAAAGGGUGCAGACCCACUGGAUCUGGAAGGUGGAACGCCAUCACAGCCGUCCGCGAGGCCAAAGAUCACAUUCAAGAAUACUUCCACCUCUGUCCCCAACUCUGCUCAGACUCCAGCACCAGUGUUGAAGCUUAAAUCAAAGGGCAAGAUUCCAAAGCGUCCCCCGGGUAUGGGAUAUGACUCGGAACUAGAGGAUCGAGAGCAAGACCCGGUCAUACUUGAAGGGUUCAUUCUACGGAUGGAACCAGGUGCUGAUUGCGACUUCCUCCGCAAGCAGAUAGAGGAAGGCCGGGUGGGCGUUCCCCGUAUCAAGGGUGGCCCCGAAAUCACCUUGCGCAUGCUGGACACCUUGGGAAGAAGGGGGAUCAUGGUGAUUAGGGGGAACAGAUAUGCUACGACGCUAGUGGAUCUUCCUUGUAUCAUCGAGGGCAUGAAAUCUUGGGACAAGAAGGGAUGGAUGAAAAGUACCGACAUCUGCCAAAUGUUGCUAGUUCUUGGAAGAUGUGCAUCGGACGACGAAGCGAGAAACUAUCCAUUGCCACCAGACGUUGAUCCCAAGACCUACCAAUACGCCCAUGGAUUGACUGCACCGAUGAAAUGGGUUCGCAAGCGACGAUUUGCGCGAACCAAGCGCGCCAAGGUGGACGACAUUGAGGCGGUUGAGCGACGCGUAGCGGCUCUGCUGGAGGCGGACAAGGCAGCCGCAGCGACUCGGUUUCAACUCCACGACAGCGAUCCACGACUCAUUGAACAACCUCCUAGUGAGGACUUCUCAGACGAAGGAGACGAUGAGGAUGCAGAGGCCGAGGACGAUGACGGCGGAUAUUUCCCUAUUGUCGAUGAGCUAGACGAUGAUGCGGUGAAUGAAUUCCAAAAUUACUGGGAAUCAGAAGGCGAAGGUGAUGAGAACGAAGCACCCGCAACAGGCACUGUCAUACACUCCCACACUAGUCUGCAACCUCCUGAUGCAUUCGACUCGUCCAUUGCAGUCACCAGCAACUCUGCAUCUCCUUUGGUCACCGCUGCACAGACUCCAGCCUCAGGUGCUGGUCACUCUUCCGGUGAUGAAGAUGCAGAGGGCGAUGAGGAUGACGACGACGACGAUGACGAUGAAGAAGAACGCGACGAUGAUCAGAAAGAAGAGGACGAGCAGAUGCGCCGAGCCAAAGAAGUGAUUGCAGACUUCAAAACCAAGAUCAAGCAGCAACUUGAGAAGAUGAACGCUCCAGGGACGGUCCUCAUAAUGAAAAGGAAACUUGCGACUUCGAUACAAAAUCUAAGGGCAGACAUUGUCCAGAGAAAGAAGACGGCGGGAAUACCUCUGGAUGAAGAGGAUGAAGAAUAG